GUUGCGCUUCAUGUGCUUUUCGCCUUCGUUCAGGCUGAGAAUCAUGAUCUGAGCAGUGAGCUGCCUGGAAUGGCCUACCAAGGAAUCGAAGCUAGGCGUCAUUCAGGUCUCGUGACGACCAGUUGAUGUUUUGCAAGUGAUCUCCAGGCUAUCGUCGUCUUGAAAGCCCGAGUAUAAAAGAGGCACUGAUUUUCAUUUCUUUUAAAAUUUCUCUUCUCUAUUUGCACGACGUAGAUCUACGAGUUGCCACCGAGCUGCUACUGUAGUAUUACGCGUAACAGCUGUAUCCAGCCAUGGUGUCCAUCACCACCCAGUUCAUUGCUCUGCUAAAACGGAAUUUCCUGUUGAAGCGACGAAAAUGGAAGGUGACCUUGUUCGAGUUCACAGUUCCUGUCUACUUCACAGCGAUCUUGGCUGCAGUAAAGCUUGGAGUCAAUCCUGAUUUGAAGCCCGAGGUGACCGACCCACCAUGUUUCGACCAGAACGUUUGGCUUACCAAUAUCUCUGACAAGGUCGUGCUGUAUGCACCUAACGCAUCUUUCAAUGGCACAGGCAUAGUGAAUCAUGCGAACAGGAUCAUGGUUUUGAUCGGAGGUGCCACCGGCGCUACAGUGAAGGGAUUUGCUAAUGAAAGCGACCUAGUCAGCUAUUACCGCGGAUCUGGUAGUGUGCCCGUGCUGGGUGCAAUAGUCUUCGAUGACGGCAUGAUCACCUCGGGCAAGAUUCCUACAGCGUAUGACAUUCGCUUCGACUCGCAAGCAUCCGAUGUCCCGAAAACGUCCAAAACGUACUUGGACAACAACGGCUUUUGCCGCUCGGCGAACCUUGCCCAAAACGUCCAUAAUAAUUUUAAAUGCCCCACAGCUGCGCUCAUUUCCAGCGGUUUCAUGCAGUUACAGGCAAGAGUUGAUGCCGCUAUACUCCAGCUGACAGCCGCGAACCUUAGUAUGCCGGACUACACCACUAACUCUACCCCUUGCUUCAUGCCCAAGGCAGACUACCUGCCAGCUGCCGAUGAGCUACAAACUCUGACAGCCAUCUACAUGGUGAUUGCCUACUCGCCCAUGGUGUCCAUUCUCCUCUCAUUGCUUGUUACUGAGAAGGAGAAGAAGAUCAAGAUUGGCAUGAAGAUGAUGGGAAUGUCGGACGUGGCGCUGUGGCUGGCCUGGGCCGUCACCUACGCAUUUGUCCUGCUCAUUUCCACGGCCAUUAUCACAAUCAUCGCGUUGGCGUCUAAGCUGUUCGAUCCGUCCAACAUGGGCCUUGUGUUCCUCAUGCUCUACAUGUAUGGACUGUCCAUCAUGGCGUUUGCCUUUGCCCUGGUGCCCUUCUUCUCCAAGGCGUCGGUGGCAGCAGCCAUCGGCUCUCUGUCCACCAUUCUCUUCAGCUUGUUCUAUUUGCUGCUGAGCCGCGUGCAGACGUCGCUGGGCGUUAAAUGGUUCCUGUCCAUCUUCUCACCGACUGCCCUGGGGCUGGGUCUCGCUGAGGUGAUCAAUCUCAAUUCGGUCGCCGGUGGUUUGCAGACGAGCAACAUUGGCACCGCCGGCGACUUGUUUCCCGUGCGUGGCGUCUACAUCAUGCUCUUCGUUGACAUUGUCCUGUACUUCCUGCUGGCUCUGUACUUUGACCGCGUGAUACCGGACGAGUUUGGCCGCAGCUGGUCUCCGAUCUUCUUUCUGCAGCCGUCCUUCCUCCGGUCACUGUGCUACCGGCGAAAAGGCUUCAAGGCACUUGUUAGCGAUGGGAGCCAGGCAGUGUCCUAUGGCACAGUUCGUGCCGCCGUUUCGGUCGACGCCUGCCCUGAUUCCUGUCCUCCGCUGCCCAGAGAUCCCAAUGUGGAAGAGGUGCCGUCCAGUCUGAAACACCGAGAAGCUAUCAAGAUCCGCAGUCUCCGCAAGGUUUACACGAAAUCGUUCUUCGACAAGUGGAUUAUGAGGAAAACGGACCCUGACGUGGUAGCAUGUGAUGAUGUGAACUUGAGCGUGUACGAGGGUGAGAUUACUGCCCUUCUUGGUCACAACGGUGCUGGCAAGUCCACCCUGAUCAGCAUGCUGACCGGUAUGGUCACGCCCAGCACGGGACUGGCACGCAUCUACGGCCUGGACAUCGACAGUCCGGCAGACAUGGCCGAAGUCCGACAGUUCACCGGUGUGUGCCCUCAGCAUGAUAUCCUGUACGAGGAGCUCACCGUGCGGGAGCAUCUGCUGCUCUUCGCACGCAUCAAGGGCAUCCCGGGAGACUGUGAGGAGCAGGAGGUAUUGAAGAUUAUGAAGCGGAUCACCCUGGAUGACAAGGCAGACUGCAUGUCGAGCAACCUGAGCGGUGGACAAAAGAGAAAGCUUUCAGUUGGCAUUGCCUUGAUUGGAGAUCCCAAGAUUGUGUUCCUUGACGAGCCAACCAGUGGCAUGGACCCGCUCUCACGACGACAGCUCUGGACCCUGCUGAAAAGUAGCCGCAAGGAGCGCAUCAUAUUCCUCACCACUCACUUCAUGGAUGAAGCCGAUAUUCUUGCGGAUCGCAAGGCCAUCCUCAGCAAGGGUCGUGUGCAGUGUGCUGGAUCGUCUGUGUUUUUGAAGUCACGCUUCGGCAUUGGAUACAACCUCAGCAUGGUGACAAUGGACACAUGUCCUGUGGGUGAAGUGCGGUCAUUGAUACAAGAGAAAGUGUCGGGUGCAAGCAAGGGACGAUCCCAUGGCAAGGAGCUGGCAUUCCGCCUGCCUCUCAAUCAGUCUAAGCUGUUUGCCGGUCUUUUCAGUUACCUUGAAGAGGACUCAGCUGGCAGGCCAAUGUCUGAACAGUUGGGAAUCCAAAGCUAUGGCAUUUCAAUGACAACCCUGGAAGAAGUCUUUCUCAAACUAGGAGAGAACGAAGAAGCUGAAACCCCCGAUGCCAGCAAGGGCAAGAAGACAGCAGCUGGAGCAGCUGCUGGUGCUGAUGAAAUGGACUCGCCGGUGGACAACAGCCGCCAUAGUGUACAGCGGCAGUCAUCGCUUCCCUUUAUCCGAGAUCGUGAUCAGGACGACGAUGACGAUGCGCAAGAGGAUGGUGGUGAAGGCGCUGCGCUGCAUGGCGCUCUUUCCACCGAGAGUGCCCAUCACAUCACUGACCCCAAAACCCUUGCUUGGCAGCAGUUCAAGACACUGUUCUGGAUGCGCUUGCUGCUCAACGUUCGUAACGGCAAGUGGUUCUUCUCCAUCGUGUUCGUCCCGCCCGUAAUGAUCAUCAUUGGGCUUGUUUUGGCCAGCCGUGUCACCACCAGCAGCAAUGUGCAAAGCGAUCUUGCGCUGAACUCCAGUCUCUAUUUCAGCAACGAUCCGAGCUGUACUGGCGUCAGCAGUGGCCCCUCCAGAUUACUGUAUGCGGACAACACCACCACAGGCACAUCCAACAUUCCCGACUCACUUUCCAGGCAGGGCUACAACGUUUGUAAGGUGGACUCCAAUCUCUCAAGCUUUGCCAUCGCCAAUCGCUCACAUCAUGGCAUAGUGCAAGUUGUGGAGUCCGGUGAAAAUGUCAGCCUGGCGUACCGUGUGAUGGGCAACUCGACUGCGACCUUCUCGCUGCCGCUGGUCUUCAAUCUCAUGUCGUCGGUGGCCCUGCAGAUGCUGGAUAACACUGCCAGCGGUAUCACCACCACUGUCAAGCCACUGCCGGAUAGGACACCAGAGCUGGAGCUGAACCCCGGUCUCUACACGGCACUGUUCGUCAUUGCACUGGGCCUGGCCAACAUGGCCACUGCAUUCAUACAGAUGACAGUGGAAGAUAAGGAGAUUCGCGCCAGGCACCAGCUGCUCGUGUCUGGUGUGACCAAGAAGAUCUACUGGCUCAACUUGUUCACGUUCAACUUUGCAACGUACAUGGUCCUCUUCGUCCUGGUGUUGAUUGUGGUGGCAGCGGUGCAGGUGGACUCACUGACAACCGGCGGUGCCAUGUUCGCCAUGAUCCUAUCCUUCAUCCUCUACGCCAUGUCGAUGAUUCUCUUCUCCUUCCUCGUCAGCUUUGCCUUCUCCAAACGAUCCACUGUUGAGAGUAGCAUGUCGACCGUUUUGAUAUUUAUGGUGAUGAUUCCCUUCUUCACCGUGUCCAUCAUUGACCAGCUGAGCUACACGACGACAGCACGCGCGCUGCACUACGGUCUGUGUGCCAUUGAUGCGCCGUACUGCUUCAGUGGUAUGCUGUACUACAUCGAUCGGGUGUACAGAAUCCAUUCGUUGGGAAUCGGUGGACUUUCUGUCUCCUCGUAUUUCGACUUUGAAGCCAACAUCUCUGGUUCCUUGCUCUUGGUCUUUGGCCAGUGUCUUGUGUUUCUCUUCUUCAUUUACUACAUUGAGACUGGUGAUCGACGAAGAGCCAAGAAAGUGUUGGUUGGUCGUCAUGACGAGAUUGAAAAGCUGGAUAGUGAUGUACGCGAUGAGAUCACCCGAGCACUGGAGUACGAUCCUGACCCGAAUAACGACGAAGACUGUCUAGUUCUGAGGAACCUGCGCAAGGAGUUUGCCACGUCGUCCAACAUGUGCGUUCCGCAGGCGCGCCGCAAGCCGCCCAAGGUGGCUGUCAAUGGCCUGUGUCUGGGCGUGCGCCAGGGAGAAGUGCUGGGUUUCUUGGGCCCGAACGGUGCUGGCAAGACUACCACCAUGAAUAUGGUGACCGGCGACGCUAUUCCUGAUGGCGGAGAGGUGUACCUGGAAGGUCAUCCACUGGUUGGUAGCGCUGGCCGUCAGCAAGCUCUGGGAUACUGCCCGCAGGCCGACGCUGUGUGGAAGGACCUGUCGCUGGAGGAGCACAUGCGAGUGUUUGCGCUGCUCAAGGGGGUUUCCCCGGACUCGGUGGACUUGCUCGUCAACCAGUUUAUUGACACUAUGGAUAUCCGUGACCAUGCCAAGAAGCGCAGCAAAGAUCUGUCUGGCGGUACAAAGAGAAAGUUGAGCUUUGCCAUGAGCCUCCUGGGCAAUACUCGUAUUUGUUUGCUUGACGAGCCGUCCACUGGCCUAGAUCCAAGUUCCAAGCGCUUCUUGUGGAAUGUCAUCAGCAACAGCAUCCAUGGAAAGCGUGCCGCUGUGUUGACGACGCACUCAAUGGAUGAAGCUGACGCUCUGUGCAGCAGGGUGGGAAUCAUUGUCAAUGGCCGCCUGCAGUGUAUUGGCUCGACGCAGCACUUGAAGACCAAAUACGGUGGUCACUAUCAGCUUGAGCUGAAACUGUCCACGGAGCAGGAAGGCAACCUGGAGGAGAGAAUGGAAGCCGUGCGCCAGUACAUCAAGGACCUGUUCUCCGGCAUGGAAGUCAUGGAGGAGUUCAACGAACGUGCCCUCUACAAGAUCCCCCUCGAUGAGCUUGGUCACCUGUCGGUCGCUUUCUCAGCUCUAGAAGAAGCCAAGGAAAAGUUCUCAGUGGAAGAGUACAGUCUUAGCCAGGCGUCCCUUGAACAGGUCUUCAUCAACUUUGCUAAGAAGCAACACGACGCGAAAUAGACCAGCACAAUUCCAGUGGCAGUAUUAAAGCUUGAACCAACAGCUACAUUGUACUAGCAAGAGUACUGGGAUGGCGGCACAGUUCCCUCACCGGUGCACACACGCAACACCCGUGCUGUGCCGUGUGCAGUUGGUCCCAUGCCCGUACAGUAGUUAUAAGACUGGGAGUAGUAUUUUUACUACUCCGUGGUUACAAGACUGGGAGUGCAGUCGGCGGUCCCUUACCCAUCCAGUAGUUACAAGACUGGGAGCGCCGAACUUACUUGACAUCCUCCUAUGCCCAUAUCUCUCUGACGACUUGGAUGACUGGUUGGCACUCGCGAUGGUACUGUGCUGCUGCUGCUGGUGGUCCAGUACGUCAGUAGGGGAUUAUUUACAAACAAUAUCACAAUGGACGUUACACCGAGUACGAGUAACCGACUGUUUUCGAUGACACGUCAGCGAUGAAACAAUGAUAUUGCCGUUGUGCCUGCACUCAUGUACAGUAUUAGUUUCUGUCUACUCUCUCUCUCUCUCUCUCUCUCUUCAUCUUUUCAAUUUUUAUGAAAGCCAUUUCGUGGCAUUGCGUUCGAUCCUCGGCCUGGACUACGUGUUUCCACUGCUUUUAGAUACCGGUCUUUCCGAAGACAAAGGUCCUCCUUGAAUACUAGCCAACAUGGUGCAUGCAUCUCAGCUGUACACUUCUCAGGUGUAUUUCCAGUCGAUCACCUACUCAGUACCAUGGUUUAAUUUUUACCCUGUAUUUUUACUUUAGUUUCUUGAUCAGUUUUAAUGCAUGACAGUAUAGGUUUCUUCAAACACUCGUAAAUCGUAUCGAUCCCCUCACCCUGUACUUCGAGUAGUAUUCCGGGUCCUUAUUACAUUUGAGUGCUUUGAGUUCUUUGA